UCUAGUCUAGUGUUUGAAUUCAGUCAGUUGUUGUCUGUGCGUCGUUGAGUGUGGUGUGUUCCUGUGCGACUCUGUUUUCGGUCUGAGUUCCCAACUACCACCUCAGGAUCGACAAGGAAAAGUUGACGUGGAAAGGAGUGGUUAUACUGUAAAAAAGAAGAGAUCAUACCAUUUUAUGACGUGAGGCCCAGCGUUGUGACCAUGUAGCCUCGCUCUCACUACUUCUCUACUGUUGGUCCGGUGCUGUCCACUCACACCAUGAGUCCUGUCAACUUCAACCUCGUGUCGCUCAAAUGUCUGCUCUUUUUCUUCUUUGGAGGUCUAGGAUGUCUCGUGCCAGGGCUGGCACAAGCCGGGUACAAAGUGGGGCUACACGUCGAUGAACUGUACGUGGUGUCGGUAGUAGCCCCCUGUGUAGCCCUCCUGGGGCCCCUUAUAGCGGCGCCCCUGGCUGACAGGCUGGGGGUGCCUGCCCAGGGCUCGACAGCACGUUACGGCCGAUACAUGCGUGCCAUGCUCGUCAUCAUCACCCUUCUGGGCGCCGUCCUCUACACAGCACUGCUGUACGUGCCUCCAGUGUCGCGUCUGCACGAGCGUAACCCUCCAGUAUCCUUCCUCUGCUCCGGGGAGGGCGCUGUAGUCAUGCAGGACCAGUGCCAGGAGAUCCCCUGCUACAACUGGCCUGAAGACAACAGAGGGACCUUGUUUUUGAGUGCUUGCCGCCAUGUUUGUGGUGAAGGUGCCAUCACGCCAGGAGGACUGUACACCACAACUGCACCACCAGAAACUAUUACGGAAACAAGAGAUGAUGAUGAUUAUGGAGAACUGAGUGCAGAAGAAGGCCCUUCUGAUGUUCCAGGACUGGUAGCGCCAAUGCCAGACUAUACAGAACCAGUAGAGAUGCCUCGCUUGUGCUUUGACCAUAAUGGCCAGUCAGUGUGCCAUGUCUACACGGAGUACACCAAGCAGCUACCCGUCAACGUUACCUUGACCCCUUCCCUCCUGCCGAAAGACACAUUGGAGUGGUGCAGCUACAAGAUUUUGGACAAGAUCACUUGCAAGCAGCCAUCACCACCAGAUGCCUCAACUGCACAACUACUGGAGAACUGCUCUGUUGUCUGUGACCUGGACGACCCCUACAAUCGCUCGGAGAGUCUGCUCAUAGAGAGUGAGUGCAGGCAUACUCUUGGUGACCCUCAACUCACCUUCUGGACUUUCCUAGUGCUUCGGAGUGUGGCAGACAUCUUCCCUACUACAGCUCUCGCACUGUUGGCGUCAUGUUUGGUAGUGGCAGCCCGUGACACUCCUGCCCUACUCUGCCGUCAGCUCAUGUACGCUGCUCUCGGAUAUGCGUUUGUACCUCCUCUCGUGGACUUUGUCGUGGAUAUACUCCCCGAGGAUCCUAUAAGUGACAAGCACCUCCAGUCCUAUGGAUACCACAUCAUCACAUUUGCUAUCCUCAGUGUGAUCUCUGCAGUAAUCAUUCUGUUCGACAGAUCACUACCUCUCUCACCAGUAGACUACCAUCUCCACUCGGGACCCGGCCACCUGACUUUGAGAGGUGCAGGAGGGGAGAUCGGAGCUCUAUCUCUGGUGCUCAUCCUUCUUGGCCUCCUAAGCUCUGCCAUUGAUUCUUACAUUCCCUGGGAAUCUGUAGUUCUGGCACUUAUUCCAUCCCUACUGGUACUCUGGUAUUCAGAGAAGGUUGUUGAUUACUGUGGCCACUCUAACAUCCUUAUCGUAGCCUUCACUUUCUACAUCAUACGAUACACAGGACUGCUGAUCUGUGAGGAGGUCUGGGGCUUGUUCCUGUUCGGGGCCCUGGAAGUGUUCACUCUGGUGCUCAGCUGGAGCACUGCCAUCCUCUAUCUGCGUCACCUCGUACCUCGCCACAUCCUCGUCACCGGGCAGGCGCUUGCGAUCAUCGCUUUCUUCUGUAUAGGGCGAUGCCUGGGAUCUGUGAUGGGAGGAGUUCUACUAGAACAUAUCAAGAACCCAAGUUUACCCAAGUGGAACGACUACUACUCGGAGACUCUGUACGAGACUGGUGCAGUGCUCUCGGCUGUCAUCGCGUCGCUGUACUUCAUUCUGUACCAUUUCUGCCUGAAGCACAAGUGGCGCAAGCAGAACAACAAAAUCUCGCAGCCAGUCGUGCAAGACACAAAUGCGAAUGGCACGUACACACCUCUGAAAAUAUACAACCAGCCUGUGAAAGAUCAACGGAUUCGGUACUAACCGUAUUGUGACUUCAUCCAUAUUGGAUGGAACUUCAUGCCGUGGUUAAGCGUAGCUGUAACCUGUUUAUUAAUAUUUUAUACUGUAACAGUUUUGAACUGCGUCUUGAUUUAUAAGACCAAUUGAACUGGCAUAGUUUUUAUACUUUUGUAAGUGUCACGAUUAAUUUAAGCUUUGUGAUAUAAUUUCAUACCCAUUUUUAAGUUAGUCUGUUCAUUACUUAAGGUCAACAGCUUUUAAUUUAUGUUGCUUUCCAUAUUUAUUUCAUAUUUACAUACACUUGUCUUAUACAUGCAAAUACUAUGAACACUAAAAAAUAAGUACAAGAAUCGUUUUUUUCAACGUCCGAUCUCACGCAUGACUGCUAGACACGUAGCAGGUCCGCUAUGUGCAUAGUAGUUGAUCACACAUUUUCCCCGCUACAACAUUAGCCACUGCUGGGUUCAAGCAGCUAGUUUGUGCUGAGCUGCAGUUGCAUAAACAAGACCGCCUCUAUUGGUUCUCCUGCCAAAUGUGAAUUGAGAAGUGUUAUUCGUGUCCUGCAAGCAGAACAGAAUAGUGCAACAGAAAUCCAUCGGAGAAUAUCCAGAGUUUAUGGGAAAAAUAUCAUGCGUGAUGGUGUUGUACAUGAAUGGCGUAGAAAGUUUAAAAAUGGCCGGACUGACGAAUGAUGAAAGGGGCCAAGGAUGCAAGGCUGCCACUACAGACAGUUUUGUUGAACAAAUUGACAAAGUGCUUAGAGAAAACCAUAGAUUUACAAAACGCUUUUACAAUUUGCUUUGUCUUUGGAAUUUUCAGAAGUGUCCAAAUCUUCUCUUUAUUAGUUAUUGUUACACUACAUUUAGGCUAUAAGAAUAUUUGUGCUCGCUGGGUGCCAAAAAUGUUAACUGACACCCUCAAAACUCGCUAAAUAGCUUCAGCUUUGAAAUUCCUUGAAUUUGACAUUCUGUCAUCUUCAAACUUUUGACGCGAUCGCGCACACCACCAUCACGUAUGAUGUUUUUCCUAUAAACACGACACAUUCUCUGAUGGAUUUCUGCUGCUCUAUUCUCUUCUGCUUGGCAGGAAACUAAUAACAAUCCUCAAUUUACAUUUGGCGGGGGAAUCAAUAGACAGCCAUGUUCAUACGAUUGCAGCUCAGCGCAAACUGACUACUUGAACUCAGCAGUGGCAAAUGUUGUAGCGGCAAGAUGUGCGAUUGACUACUGCACACAGCAGACCUGUCACGUGUCCAACCGUCACGGUGUUACAUUGGAGGUUGAAAAAAACGGCCCUCGUAAAUGAAUUUGGAAGUAGCGAUUGAAAUCUAAAUCUGUGGAUAUUUUUAAAUUCCUUUUUAGCGUUAGUGUGUUUGUUUGAAUGACUAACUGUUUGCCAGGGAAUUGAGUAGAAGGGCUUAAUUUGCUUCAAGUUAAAACCGUAUCUCUUUUUGACUACAACAGUGGUGAUAUCAGGAGAAUAAAAGUGAUGAGAAUCCGUAUGCCAUCGGUUGGUAAUGCAGAAUAUCCAGGUAGACAUUAGCUUGGAUUAUAGAACGUGCUAGUACCUACCAAGAUUACGUUUUGUAGGUAGGAAAUUAAAUGUAUUUGUUAUAUUUGUACUUUAACUUUAUAAUUUAUAUAAUUGAUUAGAUUCGUAACAAACAUUUUCCUUCACACAAUAUACAAAUUUUUUCAGUUAUGAUAAGACUUUCAUGACUUAAUUUUUUGGAUGAUAUGUUUACAAACAAUCCUCCUCACACUUAGUUAAGCGGACAGUUUCCAAUAUGUCUCUCAUCUCAUGUAUUUUUUCACUGCGUUCUCAUGAACUCACCACUGUACAUGUUGUGUUCAAGGACAAAGUUGGGUUAGUUGUAUUUUUGUAAUAUAAUACCUUUAUACGGCAAAUUCUUUGUUUAUUUAACAAUUAAAUUAUUGCUUUUACUUGCUGAAACACAAUUUAAAUCAAUAACAAAUCGAUCAUCUGUGUGUAUGAUUAAUGGGCAUUUAAAAAUUAAUUAGCUCACAGGCAUCAUUCUAAAAGAUCUUGAGCCUCUUAUUAUAAAAAUAACUCUUGAACCAGCAUCACUGUAUAUACAGCAUCAAUGCUGCUAUUAAAGCAGCAACAUUUCAUUUAUAUUUAUUUUGUAUAUAGUUUUCACCCUAUAUUUGACUGGUUUUGUUUUAAAACUAUAUUAUUACUCGAUAAAGAACCAAUUAGUGUAAUAUGUUUUAAAUAGAUCUGACAGCUUGUUUCAUUUGGAUAAGAUUCUUGGAAACAUAUGUAUGGGUUUGACUAAGACCAGAUAACUCAAAUGUGUUGAGUUGUUAUACCAAUGUUGCAUUCAGAUUAGUUAUUAUGACUUGUAAGAUUAACCCUUUCAGUGCCAAUGGGUACCAGGACAUUUAAAAAACAUGCAUGAAUGUUUGCAUUUGCUAAUCAAGAUGUGCAUUUAAGUUCCUCAUAAAAAAGUGGAGGGCUAUUAUAAUAAAAAUGCUAUAAUAUUAAUAUUGUAGGUGAUAAUUUGAUAAAAAUUAGUGGGUAUGUUUAAAAUAAAGUGUUCUUUUAAUGUACUUCACUUCAUUCAGUGUGAGGAUUUUUUUGGUACUUAUUUGAGUGUCGAACCUGAGUUAAAAAAGAAAUAUAUUUUUAAGAUUUUAUUGUUUUUAUCUGUUAUUUUUCUUUUGUGUUUGAGUAUAUUUAGUAAUAUACACAUUAUCAUACAAGACAAAACAGUUAUAAAAAAAUAUACAAUUUAAAUAUAUAAAAUUUCAUAAUAACCAUGUGCGAAUUGCUAAAAAUAUCACAGCACUUUUGGAUAACACCUGUAAAAACACCCUUAACAUUAUUGACUAACAUUCCAAAAAAUGUCUGGCACUGAACGGGUCAUAAAAAACAAAUACUUAUUAUUAUUUAUUUUAAAGUAACACUGUUGUGAAUAUAGAAACUUUUACAGUAUUAUAAAGUAUUGAUUAUUACUAGGGACAAAGGGAGAUCAGUGUUUGUCAAUUUAUUAAAAAUGAUAUAAAGAAUAAUGUUUAUAUUCUGAUAUUAUUUAUAUAUUGGGUAAUAAUAAUACAUUUCCAAGCAAGAGAAAAUUGCUUCAACAGUUUUAUUUUUUAAUUGGGCUAUGCUGUGAGAAAAUAUAUAUCUUAUGUGUAAAAUUCUGGUUUUUUAUGUAUUGGCCUUUGACAUUUUAACAUCCUUCAACCAAAUGACACCAACUCUCUAAUAUUUUUAAAAAAUACUGUUUUUAUUCAAAUAAAAAUUUCUUGUACUACAUAACUGUUUAUUGUUGGCAAAAUGCAUUACCUGAGUCUUUUUAAUGUAAAUGCUAAUGGACAUAAUCCAAUAUAACAAAAAUAUUUAAUUCAGUGGAAGAAAACGUGAAAGAAGUGUCUCAACCAUGAAUUAAUGAAAAUCAUUGCAUAGUGUUCACAAUAUUUUACAAUUCUAUCAUGCCCAUACAAUGUAAUUUAUUCUGACACAUAGAGAAAUAUUUAUUAUCUUCUCAUUUUGGUUUCUGAUUACAACCUUUUAUAGGCAUCAUAUAAAUAUAGCUUGUAAAUAUUUUUAUAUACUAUAAAAAUAAUUUGGAGUGUUUUGCAGCUUUAGUAUUUUUCCUGACAUUCUUCUACAUCCAUCAAAAAAUUUAAUGACGAUUACUUUAGAAACAAAUGAGAUUUUCUAAUUGCUGUCCUAAGACAAGUUUGGUUAAUCAAUAAUUCAGUAGUGUGUCUUGUACUUGUUAAUGUAAUUCAGUAUUUUUUGCAUUGAUUACUUAUUUAGAGUGCAAGUAAUAUGUGUUAAAAAUAUAAAUUUAUGUCUAUAUCUUGCUCCUAUAAAAGAGGUAACUAACUAGAAGUUUUGCCAGCAGUGUACUCUUAAUGUGGCCUUUACCAUGGUUUCUAAUUCCAGGUUGACCAAGUAACUAGGUAUAAAAGUAAUUGUUUGCUUUUCAUGUACAGUAAUUAGUUUAGCUCUGGGCUAAUAAAAAAUACAAUGUCAGACUUUAAAAAUAAUUGAUAAAUGGAAAUUAAUUCACUGUAUAAAAGUGCCUGUGUCUAUUAUUUGUAUAGCUAUUCAGCACAUCAAAAAUAAAUGUUAUUUCUUGUUAAAACAGA